CGCAUGCAUGCUCACGCAGAAUCGCGCGCAGCAGGCGGAUGCGCGCAUACACACUUUCUCUCACACACACACACACACACACACACACACACACAUACACAUACACACACACAUACUCACACACCCUUCCUGGAGGUGCUGGGAGCAGCUGCAGCAUUAGCGUUGAAAGAGAUUUGCCGUUGACUGGAGUUUGCAUCCCCCCCUGUUAAUGAAUGGAUGCUACGGCGAUAGGCUCAGGAGCUUCUUCCGUUGGAUUGCGGGAAACGGUGGAUAUCUAUUCUUGAAUUUAUUUAUUUAUUUCUAUGCUCUCCAUUUUUUUCUCCCCACCCUCUGCUGGUGUGCUGUUGUCGAAAGGACGAUGGGGUCUUGUGCUUGAUCGGAUAAAGAUGGAGGUGAACGUGGCGUCUCCGGUGCUUGGCAUACUAUUGAGGUUUCACUGCCCAUUAGGGUGAAUGGAGCUUUUAUUUCUGUUUUUUUUAAGUGGGCUCUUUUGUUUUCCGGGGAUCGGCCGAGCACUCCUGUGGUGAAUUGAGCUAUUGUCGAAGACUGGGCCUCUUAAGCUUUGAAUCUUUGACUAUCCAUCCAUCCCCUCCCUUCCUUCCCCUGUUACCUUCUACUCAAACGGAACAAACGGAUCCCAAAACCUCCACUGAAAUCUCUCCUCACCGUCCUCCUUGCUUCCAAUGCCCCAUUUCCCUCAUCUCUACCCCUGCCCCCCCACCUCUCUCCUGCUCCCUCCUCCCACAUCAGAGCGGCUACGUAAUGUGCCUCCCUACGCAUGCAAAUGGGGAUGCUACAAAUGGUGGCUGGGACUGAUGCCGAUGAAAGGGUGAUGCCUCGCGCAAUCACCUGCACCUCCGCCGCCGCUGCCAUCGCUCCAGAUCAGCCUGGGAGAGCCCAGCAGCCGAUGACAACCACCCACAGUGCGAACACAGUUGUUUGUAGCUUGCUCGUGGAUGUAAAUGAGACGUGUGUAUGUGUGUGAAGGUGCACACUGGUUCCUGCCAUGUCUGGUGUGUGAUUGCUCUAGCGGGACGUUCUUACUGAUGCGGGGGAGGCACUGAGCCUGAGGUUGGUCGACCUCCCCCUGCACACCCCCCCCCCCUCCCCACCUCCCUCCUUCCUUCCCCCACCUCCCCAUUCCACCACCCCCCCACCCUCACCUUAUCCCAGAAGCCCCCGGGGGUGAAGGCCACCUGGUAAAGGGGUCACGAUGAAGAAGAACCGCAGCAGCCAUCUGCGGCGGGCCUGGCCCAGCUCGGAGCUUACCGAACGCCCGCUGGAGCACAAUCUCUCCCGUAGUGAGAAAGACAUCCGUGUGCAGAAGCAGCAUCUUCCUCCCCCUCCUCCCCCUCAUUUCUCUCCGUCCCCGCCAAGUUAUCGUGCGCCAGGUGACGUGUCUCCGAUCAGUAUGUCACCUAUCAGCCAGUCACAGUUCAUCCCGCUGGGGGAGAUCUUGUGCCUGGCCAUCUCUGCUAUGAACUCUGCCCACAAGCCUGUCAACCAGGAGGCUCUGGUGGAGCACCUCACUGCCAGCUUCCCAGGCGUGCCUACACCCAGCACAGAGGUUCUGCGACAUACGCUGAACAUGCUGGUGCGAGAGAGGAAGAUCUACCCAACUCCAGAGGGCUACUUCAUUGUCACCCCCCAGACCUACUAUAUCACUCCUUCCCUCAUCAGAACCAACAAUAAGUGGUAUCACCUGGAUGAUCGGCUGCCAGAGCGCCAACCGCAACAGCCACAGCAGCAGCAGCAACAACAGCCGCAGCAGCAACCUCAGCAAUGCACUUCACCUCAGUCUGCCAACGUCACACCAUCCACACCUGGCUGCCUGAGAGAGAGGCCUCCUCGGAAGAAUCACAGUGACUCAUACAACUCCUAUCGCGAAGACCCGUCCAGACUUCACACCUCUGCGCUCCAAAGUAAGUCACCAAAGGAGCACAGGGGAGAUUCUUAUCAAAGUAAGCCGCCCAAGGAUCACAACAGUGGGGAGCCUCCACCAACCACAUCAGCCAAGGAGCACCGAGGAGAGCCGCCAUCAUACCCUUAUCCCCCUCUUCCCACUUCCCCUCCUGUCCAGCAACCGCCGCCUCAAGAUCCUGCAGAUAAGAGCAAAAGCAUCACUUCUUUCCCUUAUAAAACUGACACUCUGACCAAAAAGAAAGAAGGAAGUGGUGGUGGUGGAAGUGGCGAGAAGCAAUCCAAAAGAUUCGGUCUCAGGCUCUUCAGGCUGAGUUUCAAGAAGGACAAAAUGAGGCAGCUGGCCACCUUCUCAGCCCAGUUCCCCCCAGAGGAGUGGCCUCUUCGUGACGAAGAUGUGCCAACCACGCCCAUUCCCCGUGAGGUGGAAAUGGAGAUAAUCCGCCGAAUCAACCCCGACCUAACAGUGGAGAAUGUGGCAAGGCACACGGCUGUGAUGAAGAGGCUGGAGGAAGAGCGUACGCAGAAGAACAAGGCAGGGUCUUCGGCCCAGCACAGUGCACGCAGCAGGAGGGGGAGGGGCCACAGGAGGGCCCCACACGGUAAGUCCCGCUCACACAGCAAGCCCCGAACCUCCAGGGGAGACCCGUCUGAAGGUUCAAACUGGGACCUUUUGUUCAUGGAAAGGGAUUACCGCUUCUUUAGCCAUUCGUUAGUUCGUUCGCCUCGGGAGGCCAUGUACACCUUGGAGCGCAGGCGAAGUGGAGGCGCAACAUACCUGGUCCAUAGCAACCCCAACAUUACUGAAUCGUACUGCCCUGUUACCCCUGAGUGGGACGUGUCUGGGGAGCUGGCCAAGAGGCGGACGGAGAUGCCCUUCCCAGAGCCAUCACGCGGGACGUGCCAGUCCAGAGUGCAAAGAAGUCACAGUCACAAUCAGGACAGGAAGUCGCGUCACGAGAGGUCAGAUCAAGCUAAGGAACGCUCUCGGUCUAUGGACAACUCCCUCAAGGGCCCGACACUGGGGGCGCCAGAAGACUUUGAACCCAGUCUGGAGGAGCGUAGUCAUUACUACACCGAUGACGGCACCCUGCGUGCCACGCAGAAGUCCUCCCACUACUCAAGGAUCAUGUUCUCUGCUGCUAAGUUCCACUCUGAUUUUAAUGUGCCUGAUUUGGGGAAAGGGAGUUUGGAUGAGUCAAGGAUCCGGAGUACGAUGGAGAGGAACAAAAGCAGAGACAGCUUGCCUACAUACAAUGAGCUAAUGGGACUUUCUCCUAAGCCCUCAACAGAUGAGUACUUCCAGUGCAAUACGUCAAAUGAAACAAUCCUAACUGCCCCUUCGCCUCAGGCAAAAUCAGAAUAUGACACAUUAACCUCAUCAGGGGGACUCCGAAAGGGCUCUCCGGCUGACCGCCAAACGCCUCACCUCAACUCUCCUCACACGAUGGAGUACAAAGAGGACUUGUCGGCAGCAAAGGGACAGAAUGGCUCAGUGCGACUGACGCCAAGCCAGACGCCGGAGCCGGUGCAAAAUGCCCGUUUAACGCCACACCAACACAAUGUAGAUCCCGGAGGGGGAGGAGGCGGUAUGGUGAUCAAGAGGAAAGAGAUCUUCAGCAAGGACACUUUGUUCAAACCUCCACACAAUGCCUUGUCCACAGGCUACGUGGACAGCAGCUACACCAAGUCCGGCACAUUGCGGAAAGCCUCACAUGCCAAAUCAACAGAGGCCCUAGACAAUCCUGAGCCCCAGCAGCCUUCCAAUUCAACCACUUCCUCAGCGUCACCUGCAGUUUUACAGGGCUGCUUAGAGCCAACAGUCCCCUCUGCCUCCUUUGACUAUUAUAAUGUAUCAGAUGAUGAGGAAGAGGAAGAGGCAGAGGAGGACUCGCACAAAGAGUUGGCGAAGGCAGAGGACAACAAAGACCACGGGGAAGGGGGUGGUAACGGUGGAGGCAGUGGUGGUGGUGGUGGAGAGGGAACCAUGCAGUGGCUACUGGAGCGGGAGAAGGACCAUGAUCUGCAGCGGAAACUGGAGACCAAUCUGACCUUACUCAGUCCCAAGGAGACGGAGAACAGCAGCAGCCAGAAGUCGGCCCACUCUGCCCGUUUGGACAGCAUGGACAGCAGCAGUGUCACGGUGGACAGUGGAUUCAACUCCCCCAGGACGCGUGAAAGCCUUGCAUCCAACACAUCCAGCAUAGUGGAAAGCAAUAGACGGCAGAAUCCAGCGCUGAGCCCCGGCCACAUUGGCACCAGUAGUAUCGGACUGCCAUUCAGCUUUCGCGCCAUCCCAGAACCCCCCACCACACAGCCUGAGAAACUCCAGAAGUCAUCGAACUGCCUGGCCUCCAUCACCAGCGUCUGACAGGCAGCACAGACUGAGACCCUGAAGGUGGUGGAGGAGAGAGGAAGUGAGGUGUUUCACCAUUUUGACCCUCACUUUCCUCAACCAAUACACACACACAUACACAUAAACACACAUCUUCAGACUCCUGAGAAUCCAUUUACUGGGACUGUUACAAAAACAGGCAUGGCUUCAAGAGACUGUUCCCACAGCUUCAAGAACUUUACUGCAAAAAAGAGAAGAAAAACUACAGAAUAUCAAGACCACUGUAGGUGAAGAAACCUACCUGAAGUACUUUGAGUUUGGUGAUAUGGACUCUAGUUUGGCUUAUAUCAAGAUUCUUGACUAUUGGUAUUGGAAAGUAGUAGACUAUAGGAUUCAAGUUACAUUUGGAAAUAUCGAAAACUUUUUAUAUUACUUAACAAUACAUGUCCAAUUAAAUGUUCUCCUUCCUGAAAUAGCGUCAAGUUCUUCAGGACGAUUCAAUGUAUCAGCACAAUGUCGAGACAAUAAAAGUUGAUCCUGAGAACAACGAAUGAAAGAUAUAAAAACAUAAAUCAGCUCAGAUUUGUGUACCGCAAUGCAAAUGAUGUAUGUAUACUCGAUACUUUUGAUAUCCUAAUUAUUAUAAUGGUGGUAUUAAAGAUGCUAUGUGACCAAAAA